AUAUGUUACAUUUCCAGCUCUCUCCUCUCGCUUUUUUUACGCAAGCGUGGACGUCCACGGCACGGCGACACAAGUGCGCACCACAAGCGAGGGAGAGCGAGAGCUAGGCACAGGCUCGGCGGGCGGACGUUGGCCGGGUAUUGGAGAGACGACGCGGCGGGGGUGUCUGUCUUUGUUGGGAACCGGAGGACUGGACGGUGGAUUUGUUUAUUCUCCGGAUUUUGGAUCGUGGGGGGGGCUAGGAUAACUUCGCACGGGACAAAACCCGCCUUCUUUCAUGUCAUCCGGCGAUUUGUUUCGCCCGGCGUGUUGACGCCAGUGAGAGGGGGGAAGAAGAAGAGGGGAAAACGGGAGCACGGAGGAGCGCAUCUGACAGACGAGCGGCAGGAAUACACACGCGUUCCCGUGCACCAGCUGCACCAGCACAGACGCUAACGACAUCGGCUCGUGAUUCUGAAACGUGUUUUAAGGAGCUUGUGAUGCGGCAACGUGGGUCGGUGUGAGCGGGGACGAGGGAACGAUGCUGUGCCGUUCGGUCGAGGCUGUGCACCGUAGGGCAGCGUGUUAUUGAUGAUCUGCACGGCGUGGAAAAAUGCAUCGAGUCGCAACUUUGUUCAGGGGUCUGACACACAAUCAUCUCCUUUAAAAGUGCAUUUAUACGUUCCCAUGGCGUGCGCUGUUUCCACUGAAUAUAGCUUGGUGUUUCAGUGAACGCCUGUUCCAUUUGUUCAUCAUCCCGGAAGCCCUGUGCUGUUUAUGCUUUUAAUUUUUUUAGACCCCGCAUCCUGCAGUGUGUUGAUGCCGGCGGGUUGCGUUAUAUAGAUGAAAAUCUUCAGAUUCGUGUUGCCAAAUGAUUGGUAGGCUGAAUUGUGAAUGUGGGCAGGCCUAACCUUCGCUUUAUGCAGAUCAAAUCGAUAGCGAGAUAAAGACUGCUCUGGCAAGCUCUUUAUGCCACUCUGCAAGUGUCACGGGGGGUGUGUUUGGAGUCCCGCAUUUUGAGUUUUUACGCAAGCCUCGGGGCAGCAGGGAAGCUGCUCAGUGGAGUGGAAACUGUCAAAACACUGUCUCGGCUGUAAGGCAACGUCUCAAGAAAACUUUCAAUGGUUUUCCGAAAGUUGCCCGGUGUCUCGGCAUCGGGCAUGGGUCUGCGCCUGUCCCAGAAAUUCAUGUUUCUGCUCUUUCUCUCGGGUUUGGUAACACUGUGUUUUGGGGCCCUCUUCUUUUUGCCCGACUCUGUCCGACUAAAACGCAUUUUUCUGUCCAAGACAGAGAUCCAGCCAGUCACCGUUGGCUCCGGCUCAGAGAACGAUGUCAGGGAGCACUUAAAAAGACCCAAAGACCAGGGCAUGACCUCGGCUAAAGGAGAGGCUGGCAUCAAGCUGAAAAGUCAGAGCCGCAAACCCCCAGUCUCUUACGAGGCGACCGAGGUCCGGCUCGCCGGGGGCAAAGCGCAGGAGGAUCUGAACCUCUCCAGGUCUAAGACAGAGUCCGCGUCAGAGAAAGUGACAUCCUCUAACCACGGUGCCAACUCGGAUACUUUUAGUUACAAGAAGUUCAGAAGGUGCUUGUUCAAACCCCCGCUGGGAAGAGACAGCGGCAGACCGGCCGACCCGCAGACCAACGAGCGCCGGGAGAAAGUCAAAGAGAUGAUGAAGUUUGCCUGGGAUAACUACAAGCGCUAUGCUUGGGGCAAGAAUGAGCUGCGGCCUUUGACGAGAAACGGGCAUAUUGGCAACAUGUUUGGUGGCCUGAGAGGAGCAUCCAUCGUUGACUCACUAGACACUCUGUACAUUAUGGGUUUGAUGGAUGAGUAUAAUGAUGCCAAGGAAUGGGUGAAGACCAGCCUGGAUCUAAAUUCGAACGGCGAGGCAUCACUGUUUGAGGUGAACAUCCGUUACGUCGGCGGGUUGCUGUCGGCGUACUACUUGACAGGGGAGGAGGUAAGAUUAAUAGAUGUCUGUUAUCCCUCUACUCUAGCGAGAUCUGCUGCUUCCUUUAUCUCACACCAGGCCUGCAGUUUGAAUGAUGAACAGGCUGCCUCUGAGGGUGACAGCAUUUGUGCACAUCAGUGUGUUUGGGUGUAUUUAUGUGUCACUGCUGUGCAAGCAUAAAAUUAUCUUGGGCCAUUUCAGCAUUUUCAUGUUUUUGACUUUUCUGUUGUUUGGAAUGGAAAAAAAACCGUCUGUGUAAGAUAUAUAGGUAAGGGUUUGGAUAUGUACUCAUCCUCACCAGUUUUAUGUUGUUUUUUUAAAGGACCUGGUUGGUUUAUACAUAUUUUUCACUGGAUGUCAGCACAUGUCCAACUUGUCUGCACCUCAUGGUAAUCUAGGCCUUAUUUUGACAACCAAAUAAUCUUUCAUCAAAUUCUAAAAAAUGACAUCUUUUUUAAAAAAAUGCAUCACAUUUAGUCAUUUCCAGCUUUAAACAAUCACAUUCAAAUUAAUUUUGAACUGGAGCUGUUUAGUUUGUAGACAUAUAGAUAUUUCUGAGCUGUAGACGCAAAAAAUGUAAAGAAACCUCACUUGCAUAUGAGAACGAGGGUUUGAAGAAGUAGCAGAUGUAAAAUGUAUGGCUUGUAAGCUGCAUUGAGCAUAAAAUUAAUUAGUAUCAUAUUAUGGUAAUGUGAGUUUUAAUGAAGGCUUCAUGUCAAAUUCAUCUGUGAAUUUACUAGACUGACUAAUCUGCCGGUCACAGAUGCUGAAAGUGUGGAGAGCCAGUUACUCUUUACUAAAGAAGCAGAAAUGCGCCUCCUGUUAUCUCCCAGUGCAUCGUACUUACCCUACAUGAUGUGUUUCUAGAUGGUAAGGCAAUAUUGCAGUGCCAGGUUCAGGCUUAUAAACUGCACACUGCUGUAGCUCCUGAGGCUAGCUGCUGAUGUCCAGUAAAUCCUUCCCAAAUGAUAAUAUUAAACUGUUGUUUCUGUGUGUUUUUAAUAUAAUACCUAUAACAUGUGCAAACAGAAGCUUUGAAAUUGUUUGUGUGGCUUUCUGGUAACCUGUUAACUACAUCACAGAAACACUGCAAGACCUCAACUCAUAUUAAAUGAUAAUUAUAAUGAGAUAUUAAUAAAUUGGAACUUCUGGAGGCUUUUCUUUUGCUUUUCAAUGUUUCACUGGAUUUUCGGGGGGAUUUAACCUGAAUUUUAAAUUUAAUCAGCCUCUAAGAAUGUGCUUUUUUUGCUUUGUCGUUGUAGUAUUGAAGUGUUGCUUAGAGGUUAAAGAGCCAAGCCUGAGCAAUUUGAUUAAAUUUAGAAGGCAAAGUUGAAUGGAAAUUUUUUUUUUCCAUUGCUGAAAAAGUACAAGAGCUGCGUCCUUGUAAAAGCUCCAGUCGCUCCAGCGAAGCUGUUCAGUGGCUCUGUAUAAAGGCCCGAGGUUACGAUGGACAGCAUCCAGGUGUGAAGCUGUGAAACUGCACGAGUGUGAAGCUCGGCCAUGUCAGGAAAAAAAACGUAUGAAUGCUCUGUAAGCCUUGGAUGAAUAAAUAAAGGUUUAAAAAUAGCCUGCGACAGCCACGCUGCACAAAUGGGCCGAUUCAUUAUCAGUACAGUGUGAAAUCACUGGAGGUAAAGGUGUUGUCAUAAUGAGCAUCUGCCUGUAGCAGCCCUGGAGAGCACGCACAUGACAUACACUGCAGUUGUAGUGUUUUUCGUGCAGUGGAAAAGGCGGAAAUCUUCGUAGCAGCAGAAUUAAUGUGAAAGGAUCCAGUGACAUAUGAACACUCUGUCGCUUUAAUGGACAUUGAUUUGCAGGCCAAGCGAGCUGAGGGGAGAGCAGCAUAAAAUUGUCCGGCUCUGCUGGAUGAGUGAAAUAUGAAUACAUUACUGGAGCAGAAUAUAUUGUUGAAUCCAUUAUUCCACAUUUGCCUGCCAUUAAUGCCAUGCAGAAAAUAUUCUUCUGCUUUAUCCACUGGUCCAUGGAACUUUUCUAUAUACGGCACAGAGAAUGACAUUUCGAAUAUGAGUGUAUUCCUCAUAAAGUUUGCUUUUGUCUCACCUUGUCACAGAAGGACAUGGCUGCUAAGGAGCUUAGGUGAAGCAAAUCUGUAGAAGAGACACCUUACUGCUAUCUUUGCGUCAUUUAAUCUUCCCUUUUUAACCUCAGUCUAUGUCACGAGUUUCCUUAAUCUGUUUUGUUUGAAUGACUCCAAUCCUUUUACUACUUUCUUUUCUUCACAUUUGGAUUGCCUGACUGUUCACUGUACGCAGUCUCUCUUAAGAGAUCGAGUACACGGCCUCUGUUUCCUGACAAACAUACUGUAUCAAUACCCUUUACUCUGGUGCCGCUAUCCAUCACAUGACUCGGCUGCGUGCUCUCUGUGAAGGUUCCCGGAAAACAAGAUGGAUAGCCAUCUCUGAUCCUCUGAGUCACCCUUUGGUUCUCCCAUUAGGGGCUUCUCUUAGGAGCAUGCAGUUCCAUUCGAAUGAUAAAACCAAUAGAUUGAAGGUCUGUCACUGCGGCAGAGACUUAAAUCAGUUGAGAUACACUGUUGCGGACUAUUACGAGAUUGUGCAUCAAGUUUGACCAGAGGACAUUCGGCAGCUGGUGCUGCUGUAAAUGAUUGCCAGGAACUGCGUGAUGAUUAUGGCUCCUUGCGGGACACAGUUUGCUGGAGAAAUGCUUGGAGCAGAGCUGGAGAAACACCUGACCAUUAAUAACCUCCUGUUGUUUUGACCUAGUGGAAUGCAUUGUUUAUGUGUGUGUGUUUUCUUGGAGCCCCAGAAGGCUUGUGGUUGGUCUUUUUUAUGGAAGCAGUUUUCACGUUAAAUGUCUUGUUCAAUCGAGUCUGGCUGCUACUGCCCCACUCUUUCAUCAUUCACCAACACACACUUCUGGCAGUCCACAUGGCGCUGAGAGCAGUGGCAACUACUCCAGCAGCUAUCAGGAAACAUUAUUGCCCGAUGGUGGACUUUGUGCACCAAAAGCUAAUCUUUUUUCUGACUGUAACUUUCAAUGUGUGUUGUCCUGAUACAAUCACAACUUUUGCUACCACAACCAUAAACAGUCUUCAGCCUGUAUUUAAAAUGUGUUUGGUUCACUACACUAAAUAGUUUUUUAAAUAGACUCUAAAUAUAACAGAUGUUUUUGUGAUUGAUAAAUCAUUAUCCUAAAAAAAUUUCCUUAAACUGGGAAUCUCUCCAUGGGUUCACAUACUGGACAUGCUCAUUAAACACGCCUUGAAUUUCCCCGCUUCUUAAGCACACCUAUAUAAGUAUGCAUGUCAGCUGGGCCUGAAUUUCACCACUGCUUGGAUUCAUGCUGCAUGCCUUCUUCCAGCCAUCUCUGUGCAGUGGGUUUCAUUUGUCAGUGUCCAUUUAUAUGCAGUGUGUGUGUGUGGUGAUGAGACCUUGUUGUUUCAUCCCUUUUCCUUAGCAAGAGCACAGAACAGUGAAAGGAGAAAAAGUGGAGGGGAAUAGGAAUGAAUUCAAUCAGCCUUGUGUGAAAAUUGCCAGCAGGGCUGAGCUGAAACAGAGAGCGAGCCAGCAGUCAGCAGUGAAGAAAGACGCGUGCUCAUGUGGUCAUCAGCAAAAGGAAAUGAGGAAAUGGAGCAAGAGUGCUCAGGAGAGGUCGCAAGGAAAGAAGUGUGUUUGUAUGAAGGAGUGUAAUGUUAUCAGUUAUAUUCAUGGGGGACAGAAGAGAUUGAAUCCUUCUCAGUGUUUGAAGAAAAUAAAGUGAUCAUCUUUGGGAUGGCUUUGAGGAGAUUCCAAACAUUGCAAACAAAAUGCAGCAUGUUUAGACAUCACAGAAAGUAUUUAAAUAUCCAUUAGUUUUUAUAAGUCUCUGAUAUAGAAGUAAAAAGCUCUUUGACUUAAUUUUGUCAUUAAAUGCACUCAAAAGUUAAGUAAUCAGUAUUCUACAUACAAGUUAUGUAGAAUAAAAAGUCGAGAACUUUUGUUGAAUUUAAAGGUAAUUACGGGUAAUUACUUUACCCGUAAUAAUAUAAAAUAAUAAUACAAAGUUGUUUUUU